AUGGCCAGCAGCAGCCCGGAGCUCCCCGUGACCGAGGCGCGGGACUCCAUCGUGCGCAUGAUCCGCAAGAACCAAGCCGUGAUCAUCGUUGGGGAGACCGGAUCGGGCAAGACGACGCAGAUUCCGCAGUAUGUUUGGGACGAUAUCCUAAGUAAGCGUCCAGGGGCUGGCAUUGUAGGGUGCACGCAGCCGCGCCGUGUUGCAGCCGUCACCAUUGCACGCCACGUUGCCCGGCAGCGCGGCGGAAACGUCCGCGGCGAAGUGGCCUACGCCGUUCGCUUCGAUGACACGUGCACUGACGCCACACGCAUCAAAUUUCUCACGGACGGUAUUUUACUGCGUGAGAUUCAGGCCGACCCAACGCUGUCCAAGUACGGCUGCAUUAUACUUGACGAGGCCCACGAGCGCACGCUGCACGGAGACGUACUUUUUGGACUGCUGAAGGCCAUCGUGCGUCAGCGCGAGGACUCACUGAAGAUUGUGGUCAUGUCUGCCACGCUGAAUGCGGAUCACUUCUCUAAGUUUUGGUGGAACGCCCCAAUCGGGGUCGUGCACGGCCGUAUGUUUCCAGUGACAGUAAUGCACACAGUGGAGCCGCAGGCCGACUACGUCGAGGCAGCCAUCAGCACCAUCCUGCUGAUCCAUCAGACAGAGCCGCCUGGCGAUGUGUUGUGUUUCCUGACGGGUCAGGAGGAAGUCGAGGACGCGAAGCGCAUUCUGCUGGAGCGUAUGAAGCUGCUGCCCAACGACGUCCCCGACUUCUCUCUUCUGACCUUGUACGCUGCGAUGCCGUACGAGCAGCAGCUGCUCGUCUUUGAGCCAGACUUGAAUGGGCAGCGCAAGGUAAUUCUCGCUACCAACAUCGCCGAGACGUCCAUCACGGUGGAGGGCAUCCGCUACGUCGUGGACAGCGGUGUCGUGAAGGCCAAGUACUACAACAGCAAGUCCGGGAUGGAGGCCCUGACGGAGGUGGACAUCAGCCGCGCACAGGCCACGCAGCGCACGGGGCGUGCCGGACGCGUGGCCGCCGGCAAGUGCUACCGCCUCUAUACCGCACACGCGUUCGAGAACCUGAGCGAGAACACCAUUCCCGAAAUCCGCCGCAGCAGUCUGCUCAGUGUUGUGCUUCAAAUGAAGAGCCUUCACAUCCACAACAUCCUCGCGUUCGAGUUCAUGGACAUGCCGCGCCCACAGGCUGUGGCGAAGGCGGAGGAGACGCUGAUGCUGCUACAAGCCCUCGACAAGACGGGCCAUAUCACAGCAUUGGGCGCACGCUUGACUGACUUCCCGAUUGAACCGAUGCCAGCGAUGGCCCUCCUGACUGCCAAGGCCCUCGGCGUCGCCUAUGAGGCCGUCGUCGUGAUCGCCAUGGCCAGCGCUGACAACCUUUUUCUCACCUCGCGCGAGUUUAAGGAGGCUGCUGACCGCUGCCGCGCCGCCUUCGCCAAGUCUACCGGCGAUCACGCGACCCUCCUCAGCAUCUAUCAGGCGUACUGCCGCUCUCCGCGCGAUCAGCGCAAGACUUGGUGCGAGUCCAACUCGAUGAGCUACCGACAAAUGCUAAAGGUGGAGGACAUCAUUACUCAGCUACAAGGCAUCUUGGAAGAGAAGAACGACAGCGAGCUCCUCGCCAAGCUUCUCCCCGCGUCUCUGCGGUACUCUCGAGUUCACAACGCUGCUAAUUCAGACUCUCUGUCGCACAAGCGCCCCCACAGCAAAAGAGAUGGUGAGGGCGACGAUCUGCUGGAACACUACGAGGCCCUGCGACACGGCGGCAGUGAGUCCUCUCAGGGUGGCGCGGUACGCCAAGGAAAGCUGCUUGAUGCAGAGCUGCUUCGCCGCGCUCUCUGCUUCGGCUACUUCCUAAACGCCGCCUUCUACAACGCAAAACUCGGGAUGUACCAGACCAUUGUGGGACAGUUACCAGUCCACAUCCACCCGUCCAGCGUCCUCUUUGCCCACCGCAAGAAACCGGCACUGGUGAUCUUCAACAGCGUUGUGCGUACCACGAAACGGUACAUGAAAGACGUUUCGGUGAUCCAGGAGGAGUGGCUGCAGGACGCCGCGCCAGACUUCCUUACACCGGCCUCGUAA